GCGGAUGAGUCAGGCAGUAUAGCGGACCUGGCAGCACACACCACGAUGAUCAGUGUAUAUGGGAAGCAUGGCCUUGUGGAUAAGGCAAAGCUGCUGUUUACCAGCCUAAGAGGGUCGGGCAGGGACUUGGACGCAGUGAUAUGGAACGCCAUGCUGAGCGCCUUGGGGAAGAACGGGCGGGUGGAGGAGGCGAAGGAGCUGUUUGCUGACAUGCAGGAGAAUGGGCCGACGCCGACCGUUUACUCCUACUCCAUUAUGAUUGACGCAUAUGGCAAGGCCGAUCGGAUUCUCGACGCAUCAACAACCUUUGCGCGCAUGCUGUCAUCAGGCCUCCGCCCCUCUCUAGUCACCUUCAACUCCAUGCUCGCUGCCUACCGCCGUGCCGGCAUGGUCAACGACGCUGCUGCUCUCUUCCGCAGGAUGAGGGCAGAGGGGGUGCCGCCCAGCCAUGUGUCGUAUGCGAUUCUCAUCCACACACACGCGCAGGCGGGCGAUUUGAGGGAAGCCACUCGGCUGUUCAGAGAGCUGCAGGACAGUGGGUGUGCCGUGGAUCACCCGACUCUCCACCGAAUCACCUCCAUGCUCAGAAGUGCUGGCAGGAGCCACUCCAGCAUGCUCUAG